UUGCGAAGUAAUUCUUGUUGACCAAGACUCCAGAUAUAUCCACAAUUAUAAAUAGAAUCUGCAAACAAAGAGAGACACAUGUUGAAGACUCAGUGGUAGCAGUUGAUUCAGUUGAGUUGACUGUUAGUUGUUGAUUUGAGAGAGAAAACAAGGUUCUUGGAGGACACUGAAUUGUGUUACGAUUACUUACCCAUGGGUGUGCCUUCAAACGAAUCGAUACAAUUUUGCAUUUUUGAUCUGAGGAGAGGCCAAAAUGAGGGGCAAGAACUUGAUAAGAUUCUCUUCUUCUUCCCCGCGGGCUUCCCAUUCUCCAAGCAACUCUCUGUCAUUGGCCUCAGUGAAGGACUCAUCACCUUCACAAGAAUCUUCUCUCCUGAGGCUGCUUGCGAGGUCAUCGAAGCUGAACGGCAUUCUCAUGUUUUCCACGAGGCAGAGCCUGAUAUCUGGAUGGUCAUGGUGGUGGAGAAAAGCAAUGAUUCAGAUCCUAUCUGGAGAGAUGAUGCAUUAAGAAAAGUUCUAAAGGAAAUUCACUCUCUUUUUGUAAUGUUUCAUGGAUCUAUAAGAGAAAUGCUGGAGAAGGAACCUGGUGGAGGACUAACAAGACAACAUUUAUAUUCCUUUAUUAUGGAUUAUCUGAUGGAUUUUCAGGCGGGGAAAAAGCUUCUUUUACCAUCCUACCGUGACUGCUUAAAGGAACGUGGAACUGUGCAGAUGCUGACAAUUGGUCGGGAGGCUGCACUUGAGGUUCAGUCCCUUGUCAGGGUGCUUGAAUCUUCAGAUGGGAACACUCUCUGUUACUCCUUGAUUUUAUUUCAAGACCUGCUGGUGUCCACAACUCUAUCUCCUGAUGACACCAUAAAUUUAUUCACAUAUGCGGUGCUAAGGUUGACUCCCCAUGCUCUAUCUUCUGGAUCAAGUUCCUGGUCCUACUUAAGGAAAGGAAGUACUGUAUCCAAUGCUGCCCCCGAGUCUAACAUGACCCAUCCAAACUCUAUGUCUGAAAGUUUUUAUGGCUCAUCUGAUAUAUCCUCUGGUGAAGAUGGCCACUAUCAUGUUGUGAGGCCCUUACAGAGUGACAAAUGGUCUAAAGGAAAAGAUGGUUAUCUUGUCACUGAUUUAUGGGGUGCAGAAGUUGGUACUUGGGUGUUUGCCACCCCAACAGUUUGGCUUCAACAGACAGGAGAGAAACUGUAUCUCUGUGUUUACCAGCAUAGAAGCCUUACUUUAAUGCUUAUGAUUCCUGUAUCAUCUGUACCUAAUGGGGAGCAAGGUGUUGCAGAAGUCAGGCAAAGAAUUAUUGAAAAUGCAUCACUUAAGAUAUUGAAAGUUGAAGAGAAGCUAUCCAAAGGAUGGGGCGGUGAGAAUGCAUAUCACGUUGGUGGGUACCGUUACUUACUGGUAGAUGGUGAUAGAAAUGUAUCCAGGGCUUCUCCUGCAACAAAAGUUACAACUUUAACAAAGGAAUCCUUGCUUGCUAUGAAUAAGCUUAGGCAAGAGGUGGAGUUGGAAAAGAGUAGAGCGAAACUGGAUAGGUGUAAUUUUGAAAAAGAUUUAGACAUUUGCAUUAGAGCAAAAAAUAAUGCAUGGGUUAUUUCUCGAGUCACGAGAGGGAAGGAGCUAUACAUGGUUCUAGAGAAAGCCAAUGAAACCCUUCUAUAUGCCUCAGAUGCUGUUGAGAAGUUUAGCGACAGGUAUUGCGAUGGAACAUUUUCACUGGACUAAAGAAAACCGAGUAUACGCAUCCCGGGAACAGCACGUUAGAUUUUCUAACUUGUUUUCCUCUGUUGAAUUUUCUCACCACUAAAUCCGAGAAAGUAAGAAAGAAUACUGCUGUGUGUAUAUCUCUGUGUAUAUUCAAGUGUAAUUUGUUUAUACCUCUUUUUUUUUAUAAUAAGAAAUUUGGUCAGUUCUCA